AUCAACCAAGAUCGAUAUCUACUCGCCAACUAGCCCUUACAUCAACACCUUGGACUCUUACUAAGCAUAGCACUUCAGCGUUCGAUAGUUUCAUGAUGGAAGAAGCUCCACCUCCGCCGUAUAGCGAGACUGAUGUCUUCUCGCAUCCGGGAAUAUCACCAGAACCCCGAGUUAAUAUAUCGAAUGACGACGCCACUUCUGUCACCGACUCCUCUACGCACGGCAGCCCCGUUUAUACACCACCGGAAACUCCCCGAGAAUCGCAUUUCAGCUUCCCCGCCAUCGAGGAUUAUCGUUCGAUAGCUUCUGCCCACUCUUACUUCGAGUCUCGUCCUGCUCCUCUCAGCCGGUCACCGGGCCAAAACUUGGUGAUCUCGUUAGCUAUCACGGAGGGUGCUUCUCCGGAGGACUUCCCUUACCCGGCUUGGGCAAGCGAACACGACACCACCGAGCAGGAUUGGCAGACGUUCUUGAAUUAUCUCCUGCCGGACCACGCCAUACGGUCUAACUCCCAAACCAUCGACCGCAAGCUGCAGGCCGAGGACGAUGCACAAUCAUCCAAGGCCGAGAGAAGCAUCGCCGAGGCGCAGCUCGGCCAGAUCAAGUCAUCUUCGGGUUUGCCACUGCGGCCCUCGCACGACAUCGAUGCUAUGGUUCGCGAGUGGAAUGACGGGUUCUUUGGACCAAGAGGCGUGACUGUACAGCGGACUCCGUACUCGUCUCGCAGCGUGCCGGAGACGUCCUCCGCCGAGGAUCCCCCCACCUCUGUACCGCAACCUGAGUCGCAGUCGCAGUCGCAGUCGCAGCCGCAGCCUCAGCCUCAGGGCCAGGCUUCUAGACCGAGAUGGAACCCGUUCAGACCGUUCGACGUGAGCAGUCGGGGCAUCCGCAUCGGCCGCCUCUCCGUCGACGACGAGCGCGUGUCGUUCGGCGACUCGUUCGAAGUCGACCGCAACGGCGUUCGUUGGAACGGCCUAUCCACCAACGAUCUCCGCUUCGAAUCUGACAACGGCAACCGUGGCGAAGUCCCUCGCGGCCCGGGCCUAGGCCCUAUCAACAACUUCCCUCCCGGAAGAGGAGGCUUCGACAACCACCCCAUGGGCCGAGGCCGCCCCCGCCACUGGUGGAGAACGAGUCCGCAGCACGCACACCCGCACCCGUACGGCCCGCGGAACCACUCCCCCGGCGCCCGCUCCAGCGCCUCCUCCUCCUCGUCUAGUUCAUCCAACUCCGACUCCAGCAUCGGCAGCCUGCCGGACUGGGACGACCUGCGGGACAGCCAGCUCCCAGUAGCAAAGCAAUCGAUCUCAGCCUGGCUCGCGCACCCAGAGCAGCCCAUGACGAAAGCCAUGCUACGCGCCGCGCGCUCCGACAUCAAGGCCGCGCGCAACGCGCCCCCGCCGACCGACGACCCGGGCUGGGACGUCAGCAAGCAGGCGCUGCGCCAGGAGGUCCGGUCGCUGCUCGCGCGCCUCAAGGACCUCAAGCGCGAGCAGAAGAAGGCGAGUCGCGCGGCGCGCCGGGAGCGCAGGGAGCAGAAGCGCGCCCUGAAGCGCGAGCGCAAGGACCGGCGCCGCGAGUCCCGCGACGCGAGGCAUGCGGACCGACACGCGCGGCGCGCGCCGGCGCCGGCCCCCAUGGACCCGUUCCAUCCCUCGCACAUCCACGCCCACCGCGGCGGCGGCGGGGGGUUCACCCACAGCGUGAUCGCCCCGCAAAUCUCGCGAAUCCCACAGGUCCCGCAGGUCCACGUCCCGCCCGUCCCCGCCAUCCCGCCGAUCCCAGGCCCACACUUCGGGGCCCCUAACAACCCCUUCGGCGUCGGCGUCGGCGUCAGCGAUAGAAACGGAAGCGGUAGCGGUAGAAGCAGAAGCGAAACAAUCCAAGCAGCGCAGCGACAAGAGCGCGCGGAACUCGCGCGCGAGGAAGGGGCCAGGGAGGCGGCCCGGGCGCGCGCGCAGAUCGACUCGAUGCGGGCGUUCGUCUCGUCGGAGGCGGCGCGGGCGCGGCUCGAGGCGCAGCGGAACGCGGACGCGGCGCGGGCCCACGCCGAAGCCGUGAGCACGCAGGCGGCGGCGCAGGCGGCCCGGUCAAGGAUGGAAGCGCAGGCGGCGAGCGAGGCGGCGAGGGCGCAGGCCGCGGCUGCGGUGGCGGCUGCGACGGCUGGGCUGCGGUACACGCAACCGCAACAGCAGCAGCGGCAGCAGCAGCGGGGGUGGAACGAUGAUGGGGGGCAUAGCGAAGGUGUUGAUGGUGUUAGAGGUGAGGGUUUUGAUUCUGGUAAUGGGAACGGCAGCAGCAACGGAAACGGCGACAAGUAUGUGACGGCGGACGCGCUAGAAGCCCAGAUCGGGGAGAAGAAGUAUGCGCUGACGGGCCUGCACGACACGAUCCUGUUGGAGCACUGGAGGGCGGUGGAAGCCGGGGAGGAGGAUGUUAACGCGAAGAGCAAGACGGAGGCCGAGCUCGAGGCUGAGAAGCUGGAGGAAGAGAUCGACGAACUUAGAAGAGAUGUGCAGAGGUUGAGACUUGAGGCUGAUGAGGAGAUGGCGAGGAAGAUGGCGGAGGAGGAGGGUUGGUAAGGGCAGAUGGGCUACUUAACUUGAAAAACUAUUAUGACUGCAGGAUUUCUAUGAUAAUGGAGUAUAGCUAAUUAGGGUGGGCUUGGGUAUCGCGGGUAUAUGAAAAAGGGUUAAGGGGUCAUGAAUUUGCCAACUACGGUC